CCGGUGCCGGUCCCGGUGACCCCAGUCCGGUGUCCAUAACCCCGGUGCCGGUCCCGGUGCCGGUCCCGGUGCCCCUGGGCCGGUGUCCGUAACCCCGGUGCCGGUCCCGGUGCCAGUCCCGGUGCCCCGGGCCGGUGUCCCGUCCCCCCGUUCCGGUUCCGCUCCCGUCCCCGCGAUGUACUCGGCGGGCGCGGCGGGCGCGGGGCCGGGGCGGCGCCGGGGCGGCGCGGCGCUGCCGAAGCAGCCGGAGCGCAGCCUGGCGUCGGCGCUGCCGGGGGCGCUGGCCAUCACCGCGCUCUGCACCGCGCUGGCCGAGCCCGCCUGGCUGCGCAUCCACGGCGGCACCUGCGCGCGCCAGGAGCUGGGCGUGGCCGACGUGCUGGGCUUCGUGCAGCCCGAGCUGCUGCGAGAUUUCUGCAUGAACCCGCAGACGGUGCUGCUGCUGCGGGUCAUCGCUGCCUUCUGCUUCCUGGGCAUCCUGUGCAGCCUCGGCGCUUUCCUGCUCGACGUCUUCGGGCCCAAACACCCGGCCCUGAAAAUCACCCGGCGCUACGCCUUCGCCCACAUCCUCACAGUUCUCCAGUGCGCCACGGUGAUCGGCUUCUGCUACUGGGCCUCGGAGCUGCUCCUGGCGCAGCAGCAGCAGCACAAGAAGUACCACGGCUCCCAGGUGUUCGUCACCUUCGCCGUCAGCUUCUACCUGGUGGCGGGCGCGGGCGGCGCCUCCAUCCUGGCCACGGCCGCCAACCUGCUGCGGCACUACCCCAGCGAGGAGGAGGAGCAGGCGCUGGAGCUGCUCUCCGAGAUGGAGGAGGCCGAGCCCUACGGCCCCGACUACGAGGUGGUCAACCAGUUCCAGCCGCCGCCCGCCUACACGCCCUGAUGGCCGCCGGCGCGGCGCCGCCGCGGUCGCGGUCACCUUGAUCGGGGUCAUUGUGAUGGCGGCCGCCGCGAUCGCGGUCACCUUGAUCGGGGUCAUUGUGAUGGCGGCCGCCGCGGUCGUUGUCACCUUGAUCAGGGUCAUUGUGAUGGUGGCCGCCGUGGUCGUGGUCACCUUGAUCUCGGUCACUGUGAUCAGGAUCAUCAUGAUGGUGGCCACCGUGAUGGCGGUCAUCGUCAUCUCGGACAGCAUGAUCAUGGUCAUCGUGAUUGGUGGCCACCAUGGCCAUGGUCAUCUUGAUCCUGGUCACUGUGGUCGCGGUCAUUGUCACCCUGGACACCAUGAUCAUGGUCAUCGUGACUGAUGGCCACCGUGAUUGCGGUCACCUUGAUCCUGGUCACUGUGAUCGCGGUCAUCGUGAUGGUGGCCGCCAUGGUUGCGGUCAUCAUGAUUGCGGUCAUCGAGAUGGUAGCCACCACAGUCACUGUCACCUUAAUCCUGGUCACCAUGGUCGUGGUCAUCAUGAUGGU